UAAGUGUCGCUAAAAGUCUGAUAUUAUUUUAUCAAAUGAAUUUUAUCAAUUCAGUUACAGGUUAGCAACGAAAAGAUAAAAAUGGAUUUUGCCUCUGUGCGAGUGCUAUUGAAUAUUUUACCGCAACAAAUCUUUAAAAAUAAUAUCAUUGAAACUAAAACCAAUACAAAAUCAUCUGAUAUCGAGCUGUUAUGUAACUAUAUAAAAUUCAUUAAUAACGAUAUUGAUCUUGUGAAAGUGCAUGAUUUGUUAGAAAAACUACAAAGAGAAGAAAGCGUUAGAGAAAAUAGUAAAGUAAGAAAUGUAAUCUUUAAAUCGCUAAAAGUUAUUUUUCUAAAUACAAAUGGCGCAGAAAGAUUGUUUAGUUUUGACCAGUUUGUUUGCUGCUGCUAUAAUUCUAUUACUGAAUCACUUUUAGAACACAAACAUCUCCAGCUUCUGAUGACCUUACCAGAGUUUAAAGAUGUUAUUCGAAGCUACAUUCCCAUGGCAAAAUUACAAGUUGUGUUAGAUCAAAUUUCCUCUAAAAUGUCAGCCCUUAAUCAAGAACUAGUCCAAGAAUUGGUAGAAUACCUGCAAAUACCACAAAUCUUAAGAGAAGAUGUAUACGAAAUCAUUCAGAAACGAAUGAAACACAAAAAUUACAAACUUUUGGCAUACCGUUUAGAUGAUAUUAAUGUUAAAGAUGGUACUCUCAGUGAUUAUUUGAAACUUAUAAUAUCAAUAGAAGAAGAAAAACAAAUUAAUAAUAUCAAGUGUUUUGUUAAGUUGUUUCCCUCAAAAUUGUCAUAUUUCCAAGAAAUGUUAACCCCAGCAGGUUUUAAGAAAGAGAUCCUGUUCUACAACACGUUUGUUCCAAUAGUAGAACAGUUGGGUAUGGCCGAUAUGGAUUUCUUACCAAGAUUUUAUCUCGUAAAAAACGACAUGAUUGUUUUAAAUGACCUUUCCGUACAAGGAUAUUCAUCUACAGAAGAAACAUUUUUCGAUUACGAACACUUAUCUCUGGUUAUAAGGCAGUUGGCGAAGUUGCAUUCCAUGUCAUUUCUCAUAGAACAUAGAUUAAGUAAAGUCCUAGGAGAAAAUAUUUAUAUCGAUGAAUGCUUUCCAGAUCUGACCAAAGAAUAUCAUAUUCUUCCAAAUGAAUUAAACGAUACUCAUGUACAAUAUGCAGUGGCUGAUUUGGAAGCAUAUUCUUAUCUAGCCAAACAUAUAUCUAUUGGGGAGUUUCAGAAAAGGGCCAAACUCAAGUUAAAUGAAGUAUAUUCUACGGUUAAAAAGUCUGACAGCUUUAGAAAUGUUAUUUGUCAUGGCGACAUAUGGAAGACUAACAUUUUCUUUAAAUGGUACUCAAAUAAACAGCUUCAACGCUCGGUUAUUCUAGAUUACCAGUUACUCAAAUACUGCCCUCAAGCCAUCGACAUCCUUAUGGUAACUUACAUCAAUGCCACCAAACAAACAAGAGACCAGUAUAUGGGUCUCCUUCUGGAACAAUACCAUAGUGAACUAGAAUCAACUUUGGGACAAUUUGGUAUUGAUAUUGAACAAAUUUCUCCGUUUAAGGAUCUCAAAAAGAGUGUAGAGGAACUGAAAGUGUUUGGUAUCUUCAUGGGGAUAUUGCAUAACAAAUUUACGGGACUACCAAAAGAUAAACUAGGGAACAUACUAAAAGAUCCAGCGAAAAAUAAGCAAUUCUGGACUGAUAUUAAUUACAGAAUUGAAACUCUGAAUUCGAUGUGGGACGAGGUGCAUGAAGAAUGGAAAAAAAAGUGCGAGGAAAAUGUAAUAGAAUUGUAUGAAUUGUGUAUGUCGAUGUAAAGUAUGUAAAAAUAAUUUUUUAUUAGUUUAAUACUGUUAGUAUAAUAUAUAGGGGAGUGCAAUUAGAACGAAAAUAUGCAUUGUUUCGGAAAAAUUCAAACAAGCUUAUAUUUUUAUAAAACUUUAUUUGUUAGUUUAUAUAUAUGUUAAAGUAUAAAAGUUCUACUCGCAGAUUUGGCCGCUAAUUGUUUAUUAAUUGUUUAAACAAUAACAAUUGUUUUGUAUGAAUAAAUUUAAAAAUAUCGUUAAAUUCAUCAUUUUACUUUGAUCAAAUAUGUUUCAAUCUUGUCUUUCAUUAUGCUGAAUCCGAAUAUGGCAUUGUAAUUUGAAAAUUCUUAUACAUAAGCUCUUAUAAAGUGUGUCUGCGUAGCUAGGAACCACAUGGAAAACUUUUUUAUUAUCAAUCUUCCGAAAAAAAGUUAUUCUUCAUAAAAUGCUCUGGAUAGUCAAAAAUCUAAAACUCAACCAUCGGAUAUCAAAUUUUUUCAAUUUUAUACGAGUUAUGUCAAAAAUAUGAAUUUCGUUAAAGAGUAAAGUACCUUUAUAUUCCAGAAUAUCAAAAAAUGCUAUUAUUAAAAGUUGUUUGAAAUUAGAAACUAUGUCUAAAUAUACAAUUACAUCAUUGUAAUCGAAAAAUUUUUUAAAAUUUUUUCUCAAAUUACGGAUACUCGUCAUCAUUUUAUUACAAUUAUGAUAACUAUUUUAUUAUCACUUUUACGAAAAAAGUUAUUCUUCAUAAAAUGCUCUACCUGGUCUAAAAUCUAAGAUACAACCAUCAGAUAUCAAAUUUUUUAAAUUUUAUACGAGGUAUGUAAAAAAUAUUAAUUUUUCUUAAGAGUUGAGUGCUUUUAAUACUCACAAUAUUUUAAUUAGAAGGAUAUAAUUGAACACUUAAACAAAUUUUUUAAUUCCAAACAACUUUUCUUAAUAACAAUUUUCGAUAUUGUGAAAUGUAAAGGUAUUUUACUCUUGAGUGAAAUUCAUAUUUUUUGACAUACCUCGUAUAACAUUAAUUAAAUUUGAUAUUUGAUGAUUGCAUCUUAGAUUAUAUACGAAGCAGAGUAUUUUAUAAAGAAUAACUUUUUUUCGUAAAACUGAUUAUAAAAAAGUUAUCAAUAGGUUCCAACUUACGCAGACAUACUGGAUAAGAGCUAAAAAAAUUUUUUUUGCUGAACAUUUAUUAUUGUUGAAGCUUAUUAUUAAAUAUAUUUCAGGUAGGUUUUAAAGAAAAAAGUGUUGAUCACUUUGUAUAAACAUUUUUUUAGCUGGUAAUUUUCGGUUUUUGUAUUACAUUUUUGUUAUCUUUCUUAAUUUUUUUAAAAAGAAAUAGUUUAUUUCAUCUCUAAAGUAAAAUAAUUUAGUGCAUUUUAAAGAUUACAUCCUAGGCUUUAAAAAAGCACUUAUAAAACUGUAAUAUAUCUGUUCGAACUUGAGUAAUACCGUCUUAAAAUGGUGGAAAUUCUAUAAAACUACGAAGAUUUCAAAAAUUACAUUUUUGAGACGUCAUAUCAUUUGAAUUAAAUUUUUGAGAUUUUUUUUGAACGAAACGUCAUUUAGUAAGAUGCUUGAAAGGUAAGUUUUCCAAAAUUGAGAGUUUUAUAAGAAAAAUUGUAUUAGUUACACAUUUUUAAAUCAUUUUUAAACAAAAUUCAUGUAAGGCUCAUUUUCCGCCCACACCGUACGUAUGCCCAUAUAUUUUAUUUCUUUCCAUUAUAACCAUAAGAUAGCAUAGUUAUUCUGCUUUCAUGUUCAAUAUGUAAAAUUUUAUUUGAUCCAUUAGUUAAAGAAUUACAUUAAAAUAACUCAACCGUGCACUUCGCCGUACGCUAGUUUACAGUGCGCUAAUGUUUUGAGAAAGGUGACUUUAGCGUUAUAAAUAAAAAUUUUUAGAAGAUACAAAUUUAAUUUUAGAAAAUUCUUUAUAUAAGGUUUUUUUGUAAAAUUUUCUGAAUUUCUCAAUGGCAGCUUUUUUCUAAAAUUGUUAUUUUCGGAGUUAAUUAAAAAAACAUCUAAUUUCGUAGUUCAUUUGUUUAAUAAAAAAUGAAGCACCCAAUUGUCGAGUAGAACAAGUUCUGUCUUGUUUGAUUUUUUCCGAAGUGAAAAUCUAUAUGCACUCCCCUAAUACGUUCUUUUUUAAUUUAUGAAAAUCAAUGUUGUUUUCUUUUUUCAAUUUUCACCCUGUAUCUAUAGGUAUUUAACACUGACCUUUAAAAUAUAUCAUAACACAAAUAAUCACAA